AUGUCGGAGGUCUUCCGUAUGUACCCGGACGCUAUACGCGACUCUCAUGCUGCUGCUUAUUCACUUCUGGUCGUAGCACCAUUGACUUUACUAGCAUCAAAUUUUCUAUUGUAUCGAGGGAAAAAGACAACUCGUCUACAGGUUUAUCUUGUGUCACUCGUAGCGCCGAUGCUCGCCGUGUGUCUACCCAUGUGGUAUUUGCCUGACGAGACGAAUGUGUACAGAGUGUUGAUGAUGAGUCGCCAAGAGACACCGUAUCAAUGGUCUCAGAAGUAUGUCUUCUAUCGAAAGCACUUUCAGAGCGGCACCAUGUCCGCAGAAUCCUGGAAUAAAAUUGACUCGGCUUACGAUAUUAUCUACAGCGAGAAAUCGCGCUAUUUGUAUGAUUUUUGGGGACCUGGUCAGGAGAACAUGUCAAUGUACGAAACACAAGGGAAUGUCGGACUUUUUUACCUGCUCUGGUUUGCCAUCAUCUAUGCGGUCACCACACCCAAGGCAACGCAAGCUGCGAGUAAGGUGUCAUUUGUCGGACUUAUUGCUCUUUUGAGUAUCGAGCUUACCGUCCGGUUCGCCCGCUACGACCCGGUGAUCAAGGAAAUAUCGCCGUUUACAACACCGCGCGAGUAUUUGUUGUGGGGCCAUCGAAUGUUUCCAAUUCUUGUUUUUGCAGCGGUUUCGAUAACGAAGACGUACUUCGUUGAUCUGGAGAAGCAUCACCAGCGCGUGCUCAUUCACAUGCUGGAGAAGAAUAAGGAAACGGCAGAGGAACUCCAACUUAUGAAUCAGGCAUUGGCGCCCGAAGUCGAAGCUGACGAAACGUUGCAAAACAGGAAGAAGUAA